UAUGCUACCAAUGUUUUAGGAUAUUAUUUGUUUGCAAAGCGUUUUGGUUAGUCAAUGUCUCUAUCAAGCUAGCUAAGCAUGUAUCGUAUGGUUGUGGUUUGACGGCAUUUUGAUUGUUCAUGUGAUUUUGCCAUGUUGGUAACACGUUGUCAGAGCACGCGCGUUAGCUUAGCCAAUGAUGACAGAUACAAUGUUGCUAGUGUUCGCGUCAUGUUCACGGAUACAGUCCCAACAUGUUUUGCCGAUCAGCGGUCAAGUUUUCAAGAUGUAGAACUUUCCAAAUACAAUAUACUACAAGAACAAUGUUUGAAGCAGGGACUUCAAUUGGAAGUAAAAACCCAUCGCAAUUAUUGGGGACUGAUCUACAAGUAUAGAUAUUAAUAGAUAUUUAUCCCGGAACGCAAUGCUCCUUCAUACUGUUGAGAAUGCCAGAACACGGAAUAAGCAUCAACAAAGGAAAGUGACAGAGGAAAACAUUGAAAUGCUGGACAAAUUACCUGAGAGACACACCUGUCUAGAAGUUGGUAGCACCCUAAAACCCACAGACUCAUGGACUAAUUUGGUUAAAUGUGGAGUAACCCCUAUUGUACAGGGUUCGCUGAUAGCUGCUUCUGGGGACAACAGGGUAGCCAACCGGCAGACUUCAGUAUGCAAAAAGCUGGUUGCGGCUGCUUUAAAUGAACGAUGGGAGGUGGACAGUGGGUUCUUUUCUGAGGCCAGCCCACCAGCUAGUGGACACCGUUCUUCCUGCCACAACAUGUGCCCGACCAAUGUGGUGGCUAUAGACUGUGAAAUGGUUGGCACUGGGCUAGGUGGGCGCACUAGUGAAUUGGCACGCUGUAGCUUGGUGGAUUACCAUGGCAACGUCCUGUACGAUAAGUACAUCCGUCCGUGCCAGCCUGUGACCGACUACAGGACCCGUUGGAGUGGCAUCCAGAGGCACCAUUUACAGAACGCUCUGCCCUUCCCAGAGGCUAGGACCGAGAUACUACGAAUACUGGAGGGGAAAGUAGUGAUUGGCCACGCUCUGUAUAACGACUUCCAGGCCUUAGACUUGACACACCCAGGUCACAUGAUCAGGGACACCAGUGGCACGCGUCUGCUCAGACAACUGGCUGGCUUCUCCACAAAGCGCUGCGUCUCACUCAAGAUCCUGACAAACGGCCUCCUAAACAGGAAAAUACAGGUUGGAAGAAAGGGCCACAGUUCAGUGGAGGAUGCUCUGGCUUCUUUGGACCUGUAUAAACUAGUGGAGAGGGAGUGGGAACAGGACAUGCGAGACAGAAUGAGGGACUGGGACAUAGGCACUCUCCCAGACCCCGCUACCUCAAACCACUACAUGCAGGACCAAUACUGGCCAGAGGACUUGACUGAGGACAGUCGGUGAGAAGGCUGGAGGGCAGUCGGUGGGCAUAGUACUAGGCCAAGGGUAAUAAGUCAAAUGAUUAAAGUUGCCGAGCCUGGCAGUAUGGUUUAGUCAGUAACAAGUGUUUUUCUGACUAUGGUUAUCAACUCAAUCAUCCAAGCUGGGAGGGGUUGUCUCUUCAGCCAUUUGGUGUAGCCUGCAGCGUUCAGCCCGGCAUCCGCUGGGGACAACAGGUGUGUGUGUGUACGUGUCCCUUUGCAGACGGUUUUAUCCGAAGCGACUUAGUCAAGUGCUUACAUUUUUGUGUACGAGUGGCCCUGGGAAUCGAACCCACAACCCUGGCAUUGCAAGCACCAUGCUGUACCAAACCAUACAGGACCAGUGGGUCAUUGCAACAAAGGUCUGGGGUACAGUCAAGUGGUUCAACGUCAAAAAAAAUGGGUAUGUUUUCAUUGAAUUUUCAAAGUGAGUGGUCUAACAAUGCUCUACCUACGUAGCCCCAGUCACAGCUGAAUUAAUUUUGCCGUGCGAAUUAAAAUGGACGCGCGUGCGUCAACUUUUAUGCCCACAAAGGCACAACUCCUCCCAGUUUGAAUGUGGGCAACGGACAAGGUUGCACACCUUUUGCUAAAAUGUAUGUUAUUGAUGGUUUUUGCACUUGAAACUGAAAUAUGUUGGUAAAAUGUAAGCUAUGCAUCUUAUCCUCUCACAAGGUUGUCUAUGGUAAGUACAUUUAGUAGGAAAUUAGCUUUAUGAGGAAUUGUUCAUCUCUAUCAAUGAUUUGAAGUGGGAGGAAUUAAGAAGUAGGCUUGAUGAUAAUUGGGAAUACAGCCUGUGUUGAGGUUGACGUAACUUGCAGAUACUAGUGCUAAUCAGAUGUGAAACGUUGUAACUUUACUUUAAACGUGGUUUGGAAGUAUCAAACAGCGUGUUGUGAAAAUAUUAGCAUGGAGUUUGAAGUUGUGAUUUGAAUAAUCAUGUUGCAGACACGAUUGUGUUCAUUUUGUGGAAAGAAAUGUUGGCGUUGAAUUUCAGUAAAAUGGCUGCUGUUAAACAAUGCCUUUAACUUUAAAUGCACAUGCAAUGUUCUGGACUUAGGUUUUAUGCAAGGUGAAAUCAUGGUUCUGUCUGGACGUACACUCAGUCCAAAACAAAGGAGGCUGUUGAGGGGAGGACGGCUCAUAUUAAUGGCUGGAAUGGUGCCAAUGGAAUGGCAUCAGAAACAUGGAAACCAUGUGUUUGACGUAUUUGAUACCAUUCCACUCCAGCCAUUACCACAAGCCGGUCCUCCCCAAUUAAGGUGGCACCAACCUCCUGUGGUCCUAAAUGACUUUCUUGAAGAGGUUGUUAAGCAGAAUGUUACCUCUUGUACUUUUAGAGUUGACGCUGUAUAUUGAUCUUAUUAAAGUUAGUGAACAAUACUGCCAACUUCGUGUUUUCUGUUGCUACUCCAGGAAGGUCCUGCUGUGCCCUAAUUGUAUAUCAAUAUAUUAAAAUAAUCUACUAAAUGUAUUGUGCACUGUCUGAACUGGACUUAAACUGCAACUU